UCCAGGUCUGGAAGAGGACUUCCCACAAUCUCCUGUGCUGUUUUCACCACCCGGGAUCCUGUCCUGAGCUGUGCAGCUGCCGUACCACACUACUGCACCAAGAGAGAGGAUGCUUUCUAUUGUGGCCCUGUAGAAGUUUGCCAGGAGCUGAGGGGAGAGACCACCACGUUUCAGCUUCCUGAGGAAGAAGAGUCUUUGUUGAGCCCUCUUCACCAGGGCUGUAAAAAGGGUGUGGAAGAGGUUGACAAAAGCACUGAAACUGCAGAGGGAACAUGGUCAGAGACGUGCUUUUUAAUCUCCUACUACUCUGGUCACUUGGCCAUGACCUUCACACAACUGGCUUAAAGGAUGAUGGUCCAAAGGAGCAAUCCUGGAGUAAUCAGAACCUGUAUUCCGUCCCCCUGGAUUUGGAUGUAAGGCUGCGAAAACUCGAUCUAUCCAAUAAUUUCAUCAGACAGUUGCACACACUUGAUGUGCCGUACUUGGAGCAGCUGGACUUGAGCAGCAACCAGCUGGAGCUCAUCUCUGAAGGGGCGUUUGACAACCUGGCUCUGCUUGAGGAGCUGAAUUUGUCUGUAAAUGCGCUGAACACCAACCUUGACAGAAACAGCAAAAGCCUCCAAUCUAUUGGUCGACUGAAGAUUUUGGACAUAUCAAUGAACAGUCUGGGGGUUGAGGCGGUGAAGCUGUACUUACAAAACAAAUCUUCUCUUGAGAAACUUAAGAUGACUGGGAAUUCUUUAACAACACUCACACGCUAUUUGUUCAAAGAGAAUCAAGGUCUGAGGAGCAUUACUAUUGAUGACAAUCUGAUAUCAGCAAUUGAUGCGGGGACGUUUGAACUGCUUGACAAACUACAGAGCUUACACUUGGCCAAGAAUAACCUCGCCCAUAUCUGUGAUUUUAAAUUACCACAAGUUAAGUAUUUAAACCUAAGUAGAAACUCUAUACAGUUCUUUGUUACCGCAGAAGAUAACCAAGUGUACAAUCUUGAAAUUCUUGAUCUAAGUCAUAACAAACUACUUUAUUUCCCAAUUCUCCCAAAACUGAACCAGCUGAAAUACCUCUAUUUACGUCAUAACAUGAUGGGCACCCUAACUUCAGAGGCAUCAAUGGUAUUAGAGGUUAAUUCUCUUUACAAUGACGUCGUAAAAAAGGGUGACAUUAGAAUCACAAAAAAUUACCUCCACUCAAACUGGAGACUGAUGCCAUUGAUCUAUAUUGACAUCAGCUAUAACCACUUUACAUCUUUCCCUCUGGAGACUUUGAGCCUUCUCUCCUCUUUGGAAGAGCUAAAUUUCAGUUUUAACUGCCUGCAAAAACUCACAUGGACUGUUCGGCAUGACAGUGAAUCUGGACACUACAGGCAACUCUACUUUCCCUCCUUAAAGUACCUGAACAUGCAAAGCAAUGGACUCAAAUUGGUUUCGCCGCUCUUUCUUCAGGCCCUCACACAAGUCGAGACAAUAAAUCUCCAAGACAACUCAGUGAAGCCUUGCGCUCCCGUGAGCCAGCUGCAGAGCUCUACAUCACAGCAGCAACUUAACUUUAACUCAUCAUGUUUAGCCUUUGGAAAAUUAAGAACCCUCAAAUAUCUCAACCUUGAAAACAAUGGCAUCAGGAUCCUUCAUGCAAACGCUUUCAAGAAAACCUGUUUGAUAUCCCUCAACCUCGCAAGAAAUUUCCAUAUGGUCAUGCAAGCUGGUGCACUGGAGGGUGUGCAGGAGACUUUACAGUCGUUGAUGAUGGGUGAAGUGAACAUGAACAGUUCUGACAUGUUCCUUCCCUGCCUACCAGCACUAACACAUCUGAAUAUAUCCAACAAUAAUCUAAAUGUCUUACCUCACAGUUUAAGUUGUUCUCCUCUGAGAGAACUCAGCAUACAAAAUAAUAGCUUUCUGUCUUUAAACCAAUCAUUGAUUCUCGCAUUAUCAACACAUCUUCAUGCUAUGUACAUUAGCGGAAAUGCCUUUAACUGUUGUGACGCUCACUGGCUAAGGAUCCUCAAUGAGUCGAGGAUUAAACUGCCUGAUGUCAAUCAAAGCGCAUGCUUUACAGAUAACACCAGAAUUCAGAUUGGUGAGUAUUUGACGAGUUCUUCUCUCUAUUGCUCACCACACAUAAAAGGGAUUCACUUGGGAGAAAUGAUUAUAGUUGUUUUGUUUUUAACUAUAAUGAUAACGGUGUCGAUUAUGUUCACAAGAAAAUUGUGUAGCAUCAAAGAAUCGUUCGUAGUAUGAGAUCCAAUACAAACGCUGUAUCAAAAAGUCUGCUUGGUUUUGACAUGGUCAAAAAAUAUAAAUUCAACUGACCUGAAUAUAAGACGACCCUCAGUAUAAGAUGCCCGCUUUUUAACAAAAAAAAUUCUGACAUACUGUAUGAGAGACAAAUGAUUGUUAUUUAAAUCAUGUUUUAAAAUAUAACCAAUAUAACUGUUAGAUUGCAAUGAAAGUUACUCGACAGUUGAUCACUGCUUCAUUGACUACCAUUAUUUUAAAAUUAGCAUCAUAAUCCCUCCCCUCUGUUGUUUUCUAACUUGCCCAACUUUUCAGACACUUUUUUUCUCUCUGUGUCACGGCUGCUCUGUAGGACACUGGUGUAUGUGAGUGACAGGAAGAAAAGCUCUGACUUGCUUGGGGAAAAAGUAGUUUUUCGGCACCUGCGAUUCUGUGGUUUGCUUGUAUCUCAAGACUCCAAAUACAAGAUGACUCGUCUUUUUCAGAAUUUCCAGAAAAAAUUGUCUUAUUUUCAAUACAAUACAAAAUUUAAUAAUGUCCACUUCUGUUCGUCAAUGUGCAAUCUACAGAAAUGUACCCCAUAAGAUCAUCCCUUGCUGUGAAAGUUCUUUUUACAUUUGUGACAGCUAUGCUAAAAACAUGUGAUGAGUGAGGCGUACCUGCAGUGCGACUCAAUCAAGCAUUACACCCUCAUCAAUUGUCACUACAGCCAUUUAAAGAGUUUAAAAAGUGUGUUAUGGUCAUAACAUUUUAAUAUUAAGAGCGGUUAACACUUGGAAAAAAAAAAUACCUGUAUAGUUAAUCCAAGUUUAUGAUGGCCAUAGUUUGACUCUGGAACUGAUUAUUUCCAUUUCUAUUAGGUGAUGUGUAAACAUUAUCACUCAAAAUGUACAGUGGCUGUUUAAUACAAAGCAUGGUACUUCGAUACAGCUUUGUCUGCUGGUAUGGUUUCAUCAAAAUAAAAGAGCACCUGCUUAGUUCUUCUUUGAUGAAUGCCAUCUAAAAAGACCAUACAAAAGAGAUAUUUUCCUUCUUGUACAGAGACGUUGUGGUAUGCAUUUUAUUUUUUAACCACGUUUUCAUUUGCAAAUGUAAAACAGUGAAAGCAAAGGAGAAGGCUUCAUUGUGUUGACUGAUA